AUGGCUUGCACAACCGUCCAGCGAGCGUGUCGCCACUUGAUACCCUUUCUGCUGCUACUUCUUACGAUUCUACAGUCAACACUAGCAGAGCAGGACCUGAAUCACGAUGCUUUGGAAGGGGUCAAUGGCUUUGAACAGCUCGCACAAUUCUCCGAAGAGCAUGACGCUCAACUUCGAAGAGCUUACAUGGCACUGAUGAGCAUGUUUAGCGAUGCGACCAGGGAAGCCGCAACAAGAUAUGGUGCCAUAGAGCUUCGCACGCUCUCAAAUGAGUUGGAGAGUCAUAUACAUACCGUAAACUCCAACACUGACAAGCGACACCGCCUCGACUUGAAGAGGAGCGUCUCCGACGACAACGACGACAACGGAGAGGGAGGGGCGGAAGGGAUACUCGCUAGGCUGUUUUCCAGCCCAAGUCCAGAUACGGAGAGCGAGUUGGACAUUGCGCAAACUGAUAUGGAAGCGACGAGCACCGGCGAACAAACAGAGCCAGACUCCGGGGCGACGACUCUGGGAAAACGCUUGCUCGGUGGUCUUCUAGGCAACAUUCUGGGAGGCGAUGCCGGCAAGGCAGGAGGAGCAGACGGAGCAGCAGGAGCAGCGGCAGGAGGAGCCGGAAAGGGAGGGAUAGGCGGCAUCAUUUCAAACGUCGCGGGCGAUGUCGUUGGCAAGCUUCUCAGCUCGACAGGCAGCGGUUUUGCCGGCGCGGGCUUCUUCGGCGGCGUGGGCGCCGGCCAGGGCGCAGCGCAGGCGCUCAACCUCGCCACGGCGGCCAAGGCCAAGACGACCGGCGAGCAGGUCGCGCAGGAGAAUGGCAUGAAGAAUUCCGGUCUCAACCCCAUCAUCUCCAACGCGGCCAUGGGGCUGACGGCCACGGCCGUCAAGGCCGCCAUGAACAGCCCGCUGCUCAGCAAGCUGCCCCCGAUCGCGGCGCUCGCCGCGUCCCUCGGCGCCGGCGUGGGCAGCGGCGGCGCCAUGGGCCUGGGCGUCACCAGCAAGAACGUCGCGCCGCCGCUCAACGGGUCCAGCGUCGAGGACAUUGUCGGCGGCCUGGGCUUCGGCGCGAGCCGCGCCUUCACCUCGAACCUCAACCUGACCGGCGGCCUGGCGUCGCUGCUGCCGCCCGCCAACAUUGGCGCCACGGUGCAGGGGGUCGGCAGCGGCAUCGGAAAGGGCGCCGCGCUGGGCCUGAAGCUGACGAGGAACGCGAGCAUCGAGCCGCCGCCGCCGGCCUCCCUGCAGGACAUACCCGGCGUGGCCGGCUCGCUGUCGUUUGGCCUCAGCCGCAGCUUCACCGACUCCAUCGACGUGAGCAACAUUGCGGGCCUCGUCCCGGGGAACCUGGACAUUGGCGCUUCUGUUCUCAGCCUGGCGAGCGGCCUCGGCGGCGGCGCCGCGCAGGGCCUGGGGCUCGCUGCAAAGAACAAGAAUCUGGCGCCGCCGUCGCCCAAGGCCGUGUCGGAUAUCCCUGGCAUCGCUGGGACUCUUGGAUUUGGACUCAGCAAUUCCUUUACAAGCGGCGCCGAUCUGAAUGCGCAGUCCUUGGGUGGUCUGCUGCCCAACUUUAGCUUUGGCGACGCAGCGCUCAACGUCGGCAACGGCGUCGGCAAAGGCGCUGCUCUCGGGCUCAAGUUCACAAACGACUCGUCGAUAGCGCCGCCGGUGCCCCAGGCGGCGCAGGAUAUUCCUGGUCUGGCUGGGACUGUCGCGUUUGGGCUGAGUAGAAGUUUCACCGACGCCCUUGGCCAGAAGAGCCUUGCCAAUUUGGUCCCCGCGAACCUCGACGUUGGCGGCCUCGCUCUCAGUGCCGGCACGGGCAUCGGCAAUGGCGCGGCGCGGGGGCUGAAGCUCACCAAGGCGGAUCUGGCCCCAGCGCUGCCAAAGUCCAACGCAGAUCUGAACGGCAUCGCUGGCACUUUUGCGUUUGGGCUGAGCAACUCCCUGACAGACAACCUCAACCUCAGCGCGCAGAGCCUGGGCGCUGCGAUUCCUCCCAUCGACUUCAACUCGGCGGCUCUGAGCGUCGGCAAUGGCAUCGGGUCUGGAGCAGCCCUCGGGCUGAAGCUGACGCAAAAAGAUGCCAGCGGCUUUGAGACGCCGGCACCGCCGUCUGUGCCGUCGCUGGCAGAUAUUCCCAAAAUUGCGGGCACGCUCGCGUUUGGCGUGAGCAAGAGCCUGACUGGCUCAAUCAAUGGAAGCGGCAUGAGCAUAAGCAACUUGAUCCCUGCGGAUCUGGAUAUCGGCGAGGUUGCUCUCGGUGCCGGACGUGGCCUGGGCAGUGGUGCUUCCAUGGGGCUGGGGCUCGCGAGCAUGACAAUGCUGAAAUCCCGCGCCGAGUCCAACUCUUCUUCCUCAAACGUGCCGGGCUUGGUGGAGAAGUUUACCUUUGGCCUGGGCAACUCUUUCACGGACAAGAUCAACAUCUCCUCUCAGGCGCAGAACCUAGCGUCGAAUCUGCCGCCAGUAGAUCUUGGUGCCACAGUCUUGAGCGUCGGCUCGGGGCUCGGAUUGGGCAGCGCCAAGGGUCUUGGUCUCGCCAAGGCGGACGCCCAGGCGCCGCCGAUGCCAGAAUCUCUGAAAGACAUCCCGCAGCUUGCCGGUACCUUUUCCUUUGGCUUGAGCGAUGCCCUCACGAAAAACUUGAACAUAACUGGGCUACUCGGUGGAUUGACAAAGAAUGCAGGAGGAAUGCUCGCAAAAUUUGCUGCCCCUGUGGCUUCUGGCCUUGGAAAAGGCAUAGGAACGGGAAGCGCCGUGGGCUUGGGUUUGCAGCCCGAAACGGACAUUGCGUCACCGCAACGCUCAUCGACCCAAGGCGGGGAUAUUGACGCCGAAGCUCUCGCGCAGAGUUUUGCAGAGGGGCUGACCUCACGGUUCCUGGCGAAUGACACUGCAGGCAAGCUCGUCAAGAGUGUAUCGGGAGGCAACGGCACUGGCGGCAUCACGGAUCUCGUGGGAAAGAUAGACGUGCCCCGUAUUGCCAACGGCCUGGCGAGGGGCCUGCUUACUGGCGCCGGAGACGGUGUACAGGCGGUGGGCGGUAUCAACGCCAUCAUCAACGGGACAUCAGCGGCCCCCGUCGGGCCGAUUGCGGACACCAAGGUUGAAUUUGAUGAUUCAACGGGUGGCGCGGUCGUAGGAUUUGGUCAAGGGCUCGGGGCGUCUGGCGUCGUGACACUCCAGAAGCUGCUCGCGCGCGGCAUCAACUUGCGGCGUUCGUUGCAGUGGCACAAUGACGGGGACGCCGGCGACCCGAACACACGAGAUCUUGUCGUCGCUCGGCGGCAGGAAAAUGCCCCGUCGCCGCUCAACCUAACCCGACUGGUCAGCGCAAAGGCUCUUUCCACUGUCGGGCAAAAGGGCGUCGACGUGCUGACAUGCGACGGCAUCGGCGGCUUGUUUCUGCUGCUCAGCGGACUACAAAAAAGCGGCACGCUGCCCACGGGCGACUUUAGCGAGAACACGCUGGACUCGGUGAGGACGCUGAUUCCCAGAGAUGUGAUUCGCGUCGAGUCGCAGGGGAGCACAUUUGAGGUUGACGGGAGCGUCCUUGCGGAUAACCUGGGCAAGUCAGACUUUAACCUCUUUGGAACACUGACCAUCAACGGCUCGCCAUUUGGAAGAUACGCGGCGUUUUUGGCUGUGCAUAUUGCGAGCGCCAUCAUUGGCCUAUAUGUGGUUUGGCCUCUUGUCCUGACCCUGGGCAGCUUGCAGAACAUGGCGAUUCGCCUUCGCAUUCCGCUGCUCAUCAGUGCGUGGACGCCGAGAACAACCAUGAUUCUCAGGCUGUUUGUCGUAGCCCCGUCCUUGAUAUUUAUUCUCGUAUUUGGUCUUCUGUCAGGCGCAGCAGCCGGUCACUUCCGCACAGCACAUGGUAUCCUUGGCCUCAUCACGCUGCUCGUCGCCAUCGCUGCCAUUGCGCUCUCCUUUUUCGCCAAGCCCGCGGAGCUCACGCCCGGCGAUCCGGUAUCUGGCACCGCCAAACUCGGGACCGCAUCGUGGGCCUCGCACGCGUGUAACCAGGUGCUCAUGGCGUUGCUGCUACCAACGGCUUUCACAGGGUUUGCGGACCUGAGCAGCGUGACGCUCUGCCUGACGCGCGCGGUGGUGACCUUUGAGCUGGCGGUGUCUUUGGGCAUGGGUAUCGUCUUCGUAUUUGCGCUCGGCAUGUACAUGAGUUCGGCAGAGCUGACCCUCGUCUUCAUGGCGAACAGAAAGAUUAAAAAGCAGAAGUUGGAGGAAAAGAACCGCAACAACGAGAACCUUGGCGGCGACCAAGGUGAAUAA